AUGUGUGUCGUUACUAGGAAGACAUACGUCCACUCUGACAACCGUCGGGAGGUUGUCGAGAGCCAUCGUCUCUGCCACAACGCCAUUGGAGAAAGACUAUGUGGUCACGUUGAGUUUCGAAGCGAAGAGUCUGUCCGGGUCAAAGAACGCAAGCCAAGCUCCUCAAGUCGGCCAUCAUCCGCAGACAUCAUCACCACCAGCGGAGGGGGCCGCGAGCAACACUGGAAACGAUUUAAGAGACCUUCUACCAGUAAAAGGAACUCUUCCGGCCGUGACUCGAGGGCCAGCGCAUCAUCACCCGUGGACAGCGCUGCAUCUUCUGCAUCUCCUCUGCAGCCUGUAUACCAAGAGUUCAGACCACCUUCCACUCAAGAGCCUCCACUUAUGUCAGGAGCACUGCCAUCAGCUCGCCACUCUGGCACAUUGUCGCCUACCACACCCACCCGGCCACCGAAUCCCUUCAUGUCAGAAGCACCUGGAGGAUCAGCAGUCUAUGAUCGACCACCAUCAUUGGACAUGUCCAGAGCCGAGAACAACGAGCGACCCCCAUUGAGCCGACGUGCUUCAAUCUCCAGCACGGCAGCUGAAGUUGAUGAUCCCGAACCAAUCCGUCGCCGGCCUUCGACUAGGAAGCACGCGACAUUUGAUCCAACUCCAUCGGGCUCCAAACAUCGCUCGACUGACAAAGGGAAAUCUCGAGCUCGCACUGAUCCCCUGCGAGAUGACAUGGAACGUGAGCGUCAAAAGCUUCAGAAGGAGCAAGAUGAUCGCGAUGCUCGAAUAGCACGAGAGCAACUUGCGGCAACCGAUAGGCGGCAGUCUGAUCGCCGCUCGAGGGGGAAUAUACUGCGAGAGCAGGAACAGGCUCAGAUCGAGCGCGAUAUACUUGCGGCAGCCGAAGUACGAAGACGCAGCAACCUCAGCCGUGAAGCCGAAGCUGAAGCCAGGAGGCGUGCCGACGACUUGCGCAAACGUGAAGAGAAACGCGAAGAGGCUUUGCGAGAACGCCAUCGACGAGAAGCUGCAGCAACUCUGGAGGCCGAGCGACAAACGCAACGAGAUGAAGCAUAUGCACGACUUGUCGAAGCUGAGCGUUCGGCCAUCGAUAAAGAGCGAGUAGCAGCAGACGCCCGAAAACGGGAGUCAGCAGAGCGGUAUCAGGAGAUGCGAUCAAGCCCGUUAUCCAUCGGCAAUUAUACGUACGCCCCCUCGUCACCAACAUCGGCGAGGCAAUACACCACCGUCACAACGAGACCUCCGAACGCAAUUCAUCAAUAUCCUUCUGCUCGGAGGAACAGCACCAUACUCGAGCGAGGGGAGAGGGUCAUUGCACGUGAACAAGAACGCGCAAUGGGUGCAAGUCAGCGGCUGGCCGAAGCCAUGGGCGGCCUUAGCAUGGCAGAUGAGGAAGAGUUGGAUGCCGAUGAGUUAGAGAGAGCAGCCAGACGUGCGAGAAGAGAGGCGAGAGAGAGGCGGAGGCAGCAAGGUUACCAUUGA